CAUAUGACUGUCUCCAGCGGUUUUUGCUAUUCUCGACAGCAAUAGAUUUAUUUUUGUGCGAAAGUUGGCGCUUCCGUUUAGAGCAAAUUGCAAUUAAUAAUAAUAUGUUGAAAUCUGGGCAGAUUAAGUGUGUAAGCUUUCCGUUCAAAACUACUGAAGAAUUUAAAAUUAGCUAUGGAUAUGCAGAUACAGAAUUUGGUGACAUUUUGAUCGGUCUACUUGCGCCUAAUAAAAUAUGUUUUUUACAUUUUGCACAAAAUAAAGACGUUGCUCUCAGUAAUUUAAAAAACUGUUGGCCAAAUGCUAAGUAUUUCGAGGAUUAUAAUUUGGCAGUCAAGACAACUGAAACUAUAUUUGGUAAAGGUGAGAAACGAACGAUGACGUUAUGUCUAACUGGAACAGAGUUUCAACAAAGCGUUUACAAAACAUUGCUUAAAAUACCGUUUGGGGCACAAAUAACAUAUUCUGAAGUUGCUACACUAUUGGGCAAGCCAAGAGCUGUGCGACCUGUGGCAAAUGCUGUAGCUAAGAAUGAUAUUGCAAUAAUAAUACCAUGCCACAGGGUAAUUUCUAAAAGUGGGAACAAAUUUAAGUACGGCUUUGGAAGUCAUAUUAAAAAGCAAUUAUUGGAAUAUGAAAGUGCUAAUAUUUAAGUAGUUUUUAACUGUACAUAGCAUAAAAAUUUAACAUUGUACAAGCCGAGUAUUAAUCUACUGUACAGAUAAUGUGUAAGCAUAUAUUUUUGUGAAUAUUAUGUUAGUUUUACCGGAUAUUAUGAAUACGAAUAAAGUUUUAAAUGAGUAAAUAGCUAUAUC